GGACAGACUGGGGCGAGAGGUUUUUAGGUAACAUCCGACAGACAUUUGGAAACACAACACUGGAGACCAACCAACUGUAGAGACAAACGCAUCAGAAGAAACUAAAAUAACCAACUGGAGGAUAAUAAUUUAACUGAGGAACUCAGCAUCUGAAAUCAACAUGAUGAAGCGAUGUCUUCUGCUCAUCCUCUUACUGAUGGCAGGCUGUGAGUCCUCGUCUGGAAAAGACUCUGGAGAAGACUCUGGAAAAGACUCUGGAGAAGACUCUGGAAAAGACUCUGGAGAAGACUCUGGAAAAGACUCUGGAGAAGACUCUGGAAAAGACUCUGGAGAAGACUCUGGAAAAGAUUCUGAAGAAGAUUCUAAUGAGUCUGGAGCAUCUAAACUGAAGGGAUGCCAAGAAGGAUGGGUUGAAUUCAGUUGCAACUGUCCAAACAAUGAAAGUAUUUCUGUAGUUACUCCCAAAAACACAACCCUACAAACCACUAAAAAGGAUGAGUGGGAAAACAAAGACAGAGUUUCCCUGUACCAUGAUACAAAAAAAAAUAAUCUCAGGGUGGUCAUCAAACAACUUGAACCUGAGGACUUUGGGAACUACACCUGUAAAUUUACACAAAACUCAUCCAGUGACCAUAAAGUGAAACUGGAAAAUGAGACAGACGGCUGCCAGGGACAAUUUAAUCAAACUGCGUACAGAACAGCUAAAACCACCAUCACAUGUAAUUACACAGGAAAGAAAUACAAGUUCUUCUGCAAAGAGAACGGUUCAAUCUGUGAGGAUAUUUCAUCAACAAAAUCCUCUCUGAAGUCAAACGGGACAUUCACUCUCACAGAAACCAACAGUAGCUUCAGCGUGUCCAUCAGUAACGUGUCCUCACAUGAUGCUGGUGUCUACUGGUGUGGAGUGGAAACACAUGAAGGAAGUUACAGAGCUGCUCUCAGAAAGAUACAGCUGGAGGUUGAAGAGCUGGGACAAAACAAUGGUGGCUCUUCGUAUAAUAAUUCUACACCUAUAACCAUUGCUGUGGUCGUCUGUGUAGCUGUGCUGAUGCUUGGGAUUAUUUUGGUUCUCAUCUACAAACGAUUUAAGCGUUCAAAAAGAAAUGAAGAAGCACAGAACAACAAUGAGGAUCGUGCCUAUGAGGAGAUACAGGAGCGCCCCCAGAUGCCAGGUUCAGGAAGUGCACUUAAAUCUGUUUACGUCACUGCCAACUGUCCCACAAACCCCUCUUCUGCCUCACAGCCCGAUUACAAUAUCAACAUUCAAAACAGAUCGACCGAAGUUAGUGGUGACAUAUUUUCUAUAGUGAGGGUCGAUGACCAGUGUCCCGCCUCCUCUACUGUCAGUCACCCAGCCAGGAUUCCCAACGACCCUUACUAUUUCACUGUCAGCAUGCCACAGCAGCACUGAGGAAAGGCCUGACAUUUCAUAUUUGAUGUUGUUUUUUAAAUUCAAACCACAGUCACAGAGUUUAGAAAUUACAGGAUUCAUUACAUUGUUCACUUUGUUGGAUUCAAGGUUUAGUUUCAGCAUGUCAAUCAACUACCACCUCGUAAAUUUACACCUGAGCAAUGUUUACUAAAAUAGAGUUUAUCUACGACUGUUGGUUUGGAUUGCAUACAGGUGUGCUUGAUAGUAUGUAAGAAAUGUACAUAAUUAAUCAAUAAUUUGGCAUUCUUGCAGCAGUUUAUUAUUGUUGUUAUUGCUUUUUAUGAUUGUUACCAUUGUUGUGUUUGUGGUAUUAUUGUAAAGGGCUCAGGGGUAAAAUAAAAAUAACAUAUAAAUGAGACUGUAAAUAAAGCGUGUGAUCAUAGUUUUCUUGCUCAAAUGCCACCAAACGCCAACACUCUUCAUUUGUCUUUUUCUGUUUUGUAAGCAUUUGGCAAAAUGUGAGCAUACUUAAACAAAUAGCUGUGCAAUAGAUUUACCUGUUUCAUUGUCUCCUCCUUUGAAUGCUACAAGAACCUUGUGAAUGAAUACAUUUAUAAAUUAAAAAUGUAAGUAAUAAUUACAGUCAUUACGCAACAAUUUCACUUUAUUUUUGCAUCAGUGUUUUCAGCCUUGAUGCCAUAACAUCCUCCUGCAUCUUAAUAUUUUUCAAACUGUAUUUGAUAUUAAACCAUU